CUUUUUCUUUUUUUUUAAUGUCUCGAUGAGACCCAAGGUAGCAGCCUCCUCAGCGGCCCUCUCUCUGCCGGCAUAUCGAGCCUCGCCGCAAGAGAGAAAGCCGCCGAUCUGUCCAGAUUGUAUCCCGCCUUCACCCAAAAGUAGCUGGAUGAGCUCUGCAAACCUGCGGCUCAAACGGGUAAAUAAUAAAUAUGAAAGUUCUGGACAUAAACUCUUAUUUUGGACUAGUAUUCUACCUGCCGAUCGAGUCACUGAAAGUGUCACAUGCCCAAAGCUGAGUUCCUGAUGCGACACAGUGACCUGUGUCAAACUUCAGGUAUUUACAUUUUGGCCGUGCCAAAAAUAAAACAGAUUAUUUUAUAAUCUGGCGCUUCUUAAUUCUGGUUGUGUUUAUGACCUUCAAAGGAUUUUUGUGAUGCACUAAAAUCUGUCAAAAUGUUUUAGUGAUACGUUUAUCCUCAGCUGUUUGUAAUGGAGUUAAGUUUGAGUUAGCUUGCUUUACUAUUUUUUACUUUUCUACUUACUUACUUUUUACUUCACAGUUUCUUUUUUAAAAUGAAAAACUUUUUCUUGAACCAGAGUAGAGGAAUGCAGGGGUAAAAAAGCCACAUGUGGCCCUGGAGCCGCAGGUUGCAGACCUCUGGUCUAAAUAAAGAAAUAGUUUGAGAUUUCUAGAGUUUAUACGUGGAUAUGAUGUAAAAAAAAAUUGUAAGAAGAUUAGAUACUUUUUAUGUUUUUAUUUAAGAACAACGUCCUCAUAGAUGUGUUUGAAUGUUCCUCCAAGAGCUGGUUUUGCUCUUCAGGUGUACAAAAGACCUUUGAAAGCCCGUCCACCAUGUUCCGGCGCUGGCUCCUGGCACUGAUGGCUCGCUUUGGCCUCGUCGGCGUGGGCUUCAGCUGCUGCCUGCUGCUCCUCUAUCUCCUGGCCUGUAAACCUGCUUCUAACAGGAAGAAACAGAGCCUGCUUUGGCCAGAGGGGACCACCAGUAAGGAGGGAUUCAUGGCUCUGCUGCAGGAAAGGGAGGACUCUCACAGGCACUACAUCAACAGUUUGACGAAGCAAAUCGCUGAGCUGAAGGACGCUCUUCAGGAGCGGACGCUGCAGCUCCAGGAGUCCCUGGAUAAGGCUAAAGCCAAAGGAAUUCUGCCGCAGGGUCUGGAGAGUCUGCACAAAGCGACCAUGCAGUCCGACUUGAAGGAGUUCUUCCGCUCACAGCUGAACCAGGCGGAGGUCACCUCAGGCGUGAGUCUGCCCAGUGAAUACGCAGCCAUUCCCUUUGACGCCUUCACCCUGCAGACGGUUUACCAGCUGGAAACGGGCCUGUCGAAGCACCCGGCCGAGAGGCUGGUGAGGAAAGACCGCAAAGAUGAGCUGAUCAGCACCGUGGAAACGGGUCUGCACAUCCUGAACGGACCCCAGCAGCAUCAUGAGGACACCAGGAGGAAGCACACAUGCUCCCCAGCAGACUUCAUUCAGGGCCUGACUCGCACAGAGCGAAACCGUGGUACCGUCUAUGAGCUGGUGUUCAAAGGCGACGGCCCGCAGGACUUCACCCAGCUCCUUCUCUUCCGGCCGUUCGGCCCUCCCAUGAAGGUGAAGAGCGAGAGCGUGGACACUCGCAGCACCGUCAUCAACAUCAUCAUCCCGCUCUCCAAAAGGAUGGAGGCGUUCAGGAGCUUCAUGGGGAACUUCCGAGAGGUGUGCAUCCAGCAGAACAUCAAAGUUCAUCUCACCGUCGUCUAUUUUGGGAAAGAGGAGGUGGACCAAGUGAAGUCGGUGCUGGAUCAGACCACCAGAGAGACCCGGUUCAGGAGCUUCACGCUGAUCCAGCUGAAUGAGGACUUUUCUCGAGGCCGAGGCCUCGAGGUCGGAGCCAGGGCUUGGAGACGGAGGCAGAACGUGCUCCUCUUCUUCUGCGAUGUCGACAUCCACUUCACUGCUGAUUUCUUGACGUCUUGUCGGAUGAACGCUGAGCCUGGGAAAAAAGUCUUCUACCCCGUUCUUUUCAGUCAGUACAACCCAGCAGUCAUUUACAGGAACAGCUCACACUUACCCCCCCUACAACAACAGCUGGUUAUCAGUCAGGAGACUGGAUUCUGGCGAGACUUUGGGUUUGGCAUGACGUGCCAGUACAGGUCGGACUUCAUCAACAUAGGUGGGUUCGACCGCAGCAUCAAAGGUUGGGGGCUGGAGGAUGUGCACCUCUACAGGAAGUACCUUCACAGUAAGCUGAUGGUGAUCCGCUCGCCAAGCCGCGGCCUUUUCCACUUGUGGCACGAGAAGAGCUGCGCAGAUGAGCUUCCUCCAGACAAAUACAAGAUGUGCAUGCAGACCAAAGCAAUGAACGAAGCCUCGCACGGCCAGCUGGGAGAGCUCUACUUCAGACGGGAGAAAGAACGGCAUCUAGACAGAUGAUGAAGAGAUUAGAGACAACAGAUGUGUUCUAUACAAUGUUUAUGACCUUUUGAUGCAUUGAAAUCUACAGUAUGUAGCUUAAACAUGAACUUGUCUUAAUAAAAAACAAUGCGGAUGAGAUGACCUCCUGCAGAAAAAACUUCUGAUGUCACAGAAUAUUUUCAUUCUGACAUCUUCUAAACAUGAGAACAUCCGCUGUUUUCCCAGAGAAUGAUUUAUUGUUGUAAUUGGCCAAAAAAUGAAGAAUUCAGAAUAAAAAUGAAUGAUCUUUAGCCUUUAAGAAUGAAUGAAUCUUUACUUAUAUAGCACUUUACAAUGUCAUUACAGUACUAAAGUGCUUUACAAAAAAAAUAAAU